AUGAUUAGGUUCAUCUUGAUACAGAAUCGAGCUGGUAAAACUCGGUUGGCGAAGUGGUUUAUGCAUUUUGACGAUGAUGAAAAGCAAAAGCUUAUAGAAGAUGUUCAUGCUAUCGUCACGAUAAGAGAUGCUAAACAUACCAACUUUGUAGAGGUGAGAUUAGAAUUUUUUGUGUUUAUUCUGUCUUUUAGUUCCGCAGCUUCAAGAUUGUGUAUCGACGCUACGCAGGAUUGUACUUCUGUAUUUGUGUGGAUAUUGGGGACAACAACUUGUAUUACUUGGAGGCUAUUCACAACUUCGUCGAAGUUCUCAAUGAAUACUUCCACAAUGUCUGUGAAUUAGAUUUAGUGUUUAAUUUUUAUAAGGUAAGAUUGCUUUUACGAUUUUAUUUUUGUUAAUCGUAUUUUUUUUGUAGAUACUUAUCUGUGGGAAUUUUUAAAGUUAAGGAUACAGAGCAUGACUUGACUGUUAUUACUCAAUAUGAAAUACAUAUAAAAAUAAAUUAUAUACUAUUAUUUAUUUUUUUUCAGGUUUACACAGUAGUGGACGAGAUGUUCCUAGCUGGAGAAGUUCGUGAAACAUCCCAGGCUAAAGUCUUGAAACAACUUCUGGUUCUUACCUCACUUGAAUAA